AUGAACGGCGACGCGGUGCGUGAUGAGAAUGUGUCUGACAACAUCGAUACAGAGGAUGCGAAGAAGGCUCGUCUCCACGAUAGAAUCCGCCAGCAUGAGACAAUGGAGAAGAAGCAGGGAGUGAAGAUUGUGCUGCGGAAAGGGAUCCCGACCCCAACCUCGGAGGAGCUCCAAUCCAUUAGCGAGCGGCGAGAGAAGCUGAUUUCCAUGAUGAAUCUGAAGCGGCGCAUCGAGGACACUGCAAGGCGCAAAGAGGAAUGGCGGGAUUGCGUUUCAUACGAGCCUCACAGUAGUGAGAUGAGCAACAUGACAGAAACCAAGGUAGAGACAACAAGCCUGGAGGGCCGCGCGGUUAUUCUCUCACCGCUCCUUGCACUACUGCGAAUGUUACUGUGUGAUAAUCGAGCUAAACGGCGGCUGCACCGACUUCGCUCGAGACAGACUAUGCUUGCUCCUGAAACAUGCCCCCUCCGCGUAGAACACCAAACGGUGACAGUGGCAACGAGUGUGGUGGAGGAGCACUUGGCAACCACAUCUGCUUGCGGUAAUCGAUUCGCUUCUUUGCCGAACUUGUUUCUGAUGACCGGUUCUUUCGAUGUGAAACCUCUACGCAAUCCAUUUGUCUUCCUAUCGAGACAGUACCAAAUGGAGCGACUCCCUGAGUUCGCACUUAAUUUGGCCAAGGCAGCCAGUGAGGAGUAUGCAGCUUAUAAAAAGAGCGACUACAAGGAACCUUCUGCGGUAACCCUUUCUGAGUUUGUACAGCCGCUUGUUACGCUGGAGACUUUUGAUGUGCCUAAAAAGGCAUACGAUGCAGUUUUUGGGCAGAAUCCUGUGCACGGAUACGAGUUGUUCACUAAUACUGCUCGACCCCCGCAAGUGGUUGCGAAUACGGCUGAGAAACGGGACGAACCACACGCGAGAGCGGGUUCUGUGGCUGAUGUGGGCUUGUCGCAGGAGUUAUCCUACAUUGGUCUCCCCUCCAAGUUGGGAGGCCCGAUGCCCGAAGACUCCUUGAGCGAGAGUGACGGUGAUGAAGCACCCCCAGGGUUUCAGGCAGAUAUAUCGUGGCUGCCUGUAUUUCCCACACAGAAGAAUAGUGACGAGGGAGAGACGCAUAUGACACUGGAUGCGGCACUGUAA